GUUUGCUCACCCUUACCAGUAUGAGCUGGAACAUUUUUCUCCACCAGAUGAAGUUCUCAAAAAACCAGAACCCCAGAUGUACAGGCCCAUCAAGGAAACACCCUGUCAUUUUAUCACCACACUGGAUGAGCUGGUAGAACUAAAUGAAAAGCUUAUGAACUGUAAAGAAUUUGCCCUGGACUUGGAGCACCAUUCCUACAGGAGUUUCCUGGGCUUGACAUGUCUGAUGCAGAUUUCCACUCGAACAGAAGAUUUCAUUAUUGAUACACUGGAAUUGCGCAGUGACAUGAACAUUCUCAAUGAGACCUUCACAGACCCUGCAAUUGUGAAGGUCCUUCAUGGUGCUGAUUCAGAUGUGGAAUGGCUGCAGAAAGACUUUGGUCUGUACUUGGUGAACAUGUUUGAUACUCAUCAAGCUGCUCGUCUCCUCAAUCUUGGCAGACAUUCUUUGGACCACUUGCUGAAGCUGUAUUGCAAUGUAGAUGCUGACAAGCAGUACCAGCUGGCUGACUGGAGGAUACGCCCUUUGCCAGAAGAAAUGAUUCAGUAUGCCCGUGAUGACACUCACUACUUGCUCUACAUCUAUGAUAAAGUGAGGGAGGCACUGUGGGAGAGAGGGAAUGAGCAGCCCACUCAGCUGCAGGUUGUGUGGCAACGCAGCAAGGACAUCUGUCUGAAGAAAUACAUCAAGCCCCUCUUUUCAGAUGAAUCCUACCUUGAGCUUUACAGGAGGCAGAAGAAACAUCUCGACACACAGCAGCUAGCAGCAUUUAGGUUACUGUUUGCAUGGAGAGACAAGAUGGCACGUCAAGAGGAUGAGAGUACAGGAUAUGUGCUACCAAAUCAUAUGCUAUUGAAGAUAGCAGAGGAGCUGCCCAAAGAACCCCAGGGCAUCAUUGCUUGCUGUAAUCCAGUCCCACCACUAGUUCGCCAGCAGAUUAAUGAAUUGCAUCUUCUCAUUCAGCAGGCCCGGGAGAUGCCUCUUCUCAAGUCAGAGAUUCGUGUUGCAGUCAAGAAGAGGGCACCUCUAUCCAACCCCGAGAGGCUGGAGAGUACAUUCUUUGGACCACACGACAGUUCCCGGAUUCCUAGGGAUGAUUUUCCAAACAACUCUGCCUUGGAGCCUGCACCAGUUUUGGAACAUGGUUGCCUCUUUUCAGACAGUGAAAGGACAAUGAAUAUUCAGGAUGCUCAGCCAGAGUCAGCAUGUCUUGUUGCUACUGCUACUGUCAGCAUAUUCAGUGAAUGUGAUGAAGUUGAAGGAAAUGAGAAGGCUUUAACCACUGCACAGCAGAAAGCUCAGCGUAUAAUGGAGUCCUUUGAAAAUCCAUUUAGAAUGUACCUACCUUCCGAAGAGAAUCCUGCCUAUGUCUCACAAUCUGCAAAGUUUGACCCGUCAUCAAAAAUUUAUGAAAUCAGCAAUCGAUGGAAGUUGAUGAGUCAGAGACAAGUACAGAAGGAGGCCAAGAAUGAAACCAAAAAGAAAGCAGCCGAGCAGUCAGCUGCUCGUGACCAGGCACAGAAGGAAUAUAAAGAGGCAACAGAAAAUAUUGUGUCUGUUCGUCAGCAAGCCAUGCAGGAACAAGCUAAUAAGAAGAGAGUCAUGAGUGAAACAGGAACAGAGUUGCCAAAACAAGAGAAGAAACGGCCAAAAGCCUGCCAGCAACCAGAGGAGCUGGAAGCACCGAAGCAGUUUACCCCCUUUGAUUACAGCAAGUCCAACUUCAAAGUGUUUGCGGGAAGCAGCAAAUCGAAGCAGUCGCCACAAUUUGAUCCUGCCAAGCAAGCUCACACAGGCAAGAAAUUUGCUGGAGCUAACAAACUUCAACAAUCUGGAAACCGAAGCAUGUCCUACCUGGCGGGGAAAGCUGAUAGGAGUUCCAGGCACCACUGGCCGAAGAGAUAGUCCCUGUUACAGGACCUGUGGGAGUUGCUGCUGAAACAAUAGUCAGAAGUAUUGUCACCAUGGGAAGGCAAAUACCGGUCAUUGAGCAGUUUUUGUACAGAAAUGUUUUUAAACCCAUUAAAAUCUUUUUUUUUUUUUUUUUUUUUUCCCCAAAAGGAAAAAUAUCUUAA